ACGGCCUCUGGUGACAUUUUCUCCGGGCGGCGCGGACGAGUGAAGGGACUUGGUGGAGGAGGCUGCGGAGGUUGUGGGGCUCGCUUUGGCCUCCCCUCCACCCCGGUUGGGGUCCUGACCGCAACCCUCUACUCGUCGCUGGAGCUUGUGCCGAGGAGAGAAGGCGACGGUGGGGCCGUCGCGUUCCGAGUCGCCGCGGCCCGGAGGGACCCGGCCGGGGGGGGCUCGGUGCGUGCCCCGACGGGGCGCGCGCGGAGCGGGCGACGAGGUGCGGGGCCGCUGCGCAGCGCAGGUUGGUUUCCUGUUACAUCUUUGACAUAGUUUCCUAGACCACUCCAUGAAUUAACUCGAAAAUCUGAAAUGAAGAUGGAGGAGGCAGUGGGAAAAGUUGAAGAACUCAUUGAGUCUGAAGUGCCACCAAAAACAUCUGAACAAGAGACAGCUAAGGAGGAAGAUGGAUCUGUGGAACUGGAAUCUCAGGUUCCAAAAGAUGGUGUGGUAGAUUCUACAGUUCUUUCUUCAAUGCCCUGCUUGUUGAUGGAACUGAGAAGGGACUCUUCCGAGUCUCAGUUAGCAUCCACAGAGAGUGACAAGCCAACAACUGGCCGAGUUUAUGAGAGUGAUUCCUCUAACCACUGCAUGCUUUCCCCUUCCUCUAGCGGCCACCUGGCCGACUCAGAUACAUUGUCUUCUGCAGAGGAAAAUGAACCGUCCCAGGCAGAAACAGCGGCAGAAGGAGACCCUUCUGGAGUGUCUGGUGCCGCAGUUGGGCGGAAGUCUCGCCGGUCACGAUCCGAAAGUGAAACAUCCACCAUGGCUGCCAAGAAAAACCGGCAAUCCAGUGAUAAACAGAACGGCCGAGUUGCCAAGGUUAAAGGUCAUCGGAGCCAAAAGCACAAGGAGAGAAUCAGGCUACUGAGGCAGAAACGGGAGGCUGCUGCACGGAAGAAAUAUAACCUGUUACAGGACAGUAGCACCAGUGAUAGUGACCUGACUUGUGACUCAAGCACGAGCUCAUCAGGUGAUGAUGAAGAGGUUUCAGGGAGCAGCAAGACAAUCACUGCAGAGAUACCAGAUGGACCUCCAGUUGUAGCUCAUUAUGAUAUGUCUGACACCGGCUCUGAGCCAGAAGUGGUAAAUGUGGACAAUUUAUUGGCGGCUGCAGUAGUUCAAGAGCACAGUAAUUCUGUAGGAGGCCAGGACACAGGAGCUACCUGGAGGACCAGCGGGCUUCUAGAGGAGCUGAAUGCGGAGGCAGGUCAUUUGGAUCCAGGAUUCCUAGCAAGUGAGAAAACAUCUGCUGGCAAUGCACCACUCAAUGAAGAAAUUAAUAUUGCCUCUUCAGAUAGUGAAGUGGAGAUUGUGGGGGUUCAGGAACACGCAAGGUGUGUCCAUCCUCGAGGAGGUGUGAUUCAGAGUGUUUCUUCAUGGAAGCAUGGCUCCAGCACACAGUAUGUUAGCGCCCGGCAAACACAGUCAUGGACUGCUGUGGCUCCUCAGCAGACUUGGGCUUCACCUGCAGAAGUUGUUGACCUCACGUUGGAUGAGGACAGCAGACGCAAAUACCUGCUGUGAUACAGUGUCACUGUGUGUCCUCUGCACUGUUCCCCUCUACUUCCUCCUCCUCCUCUUUGUGACAUGGAAGUUCAUUGUCAUAGCUUCAGCCUCAGAAGCUGUUUGUGGCAUUUGUAUAAUCAAAAACUCAUGGAAAAUUGCUCUCCUUCCCCCUCCUUUUUUUUUUUAAAUUAAAAGAAGUCACGUAGGAAAAUAACUUAUCACAGAGAAAAGAAUUUCUUUUCUUGUUUCCCUCAGUAGGAAUAUGAGAAUGAUGAUGUUUAUUAGACAACUUCAUUUUACUUGGUGACUUUCAGUCUUAGGAAACUCUGCCCUCCUUUUAGAAUGGUAUUUUAAUUACCAGGUAAAAUGGAUUUCAGUUUUUGAGUCUUGUAUUUAUUUUUCUGUGUAAUAAAAUUAAUAUGUAGACUUAACCACUGUCAGCCCACCCAUUGGCACUCCUGUCUUAGGGCAUUUGCACACAUAUUAGUCAGGUCCUUAUUGGCACCUAGUAGGGCAUGUGCAUUGAAAACCUGUCCUCAAAAAUAGAAGACAGAAGUUAACUUUUUCUUUUAGCUUAAGUCUUCUGCCUUCUGUCCUAACUUUGCUCCUGGCUGACUUCCCACAACCCAAAUAAUUAACAUGCCCUCUUUGUGUUUAUAAGUACUGCUUAGGUGACUUAGUUGAUCUCCUUGUUGCAAUAAUUCAUAACCCUUUGGAAAAUAUCUCCUUGUAGGGCAGAGGCAUUUCAGAUAGAUACCCACCAUGAGGUUUGAGCACCUGAAGAGCGUAUUGAGAGAUCCCUUUCCCCCUCCCUGGUUUGUUCAAUGGGAGAAACAGAACCUAUUACUUAGGUAGACUAUGCCUAAGUAUAUAGCUAGUAAUAUGAAAGUUGUGUGACUUCUAAGGCUACAGGCACUUGUAAAUCUGAGAGGACAAUGCCUUUUUCCAUAGUUAGUCUCUCCAAAAAGGAUGCAUAACAGCUGUUCAAUGCUUGAGCUGAAGUUGACCUGAUGCUGUAUUUGGGUAUUUUUCUCCUCUACCUUUUAAAAGUGGAAAGAUCAAAAUGUAUCAUAAAAAUCAGAUACAAAGCACAUUAAUGGCACUGUAGAUUUUGCAGUAUCUAACAGGAAUUUUAAGGGGUAGUAGGAGCUUCAGGGAAUUCAGGAAAUGCCAGUGUUGGAGUUUCAUGGCAUUAGUUACUACCUUUUUUUCCUAUAACGUUGUAGUUACUAGUGAAUUAUUUUACAAGCAAUACCUAGAGUUAGAACACUAUGUACUGUGCACAGGGAACAGUGAAGUAAUAUUGGCGUAGAAGACCUCACUUUGUGUUUUCCCACAGUUUUUGUUUGCUUUUUCUUUUUGGUUUCCAUUUUCACCGUACAGUGUGGCUAUAGCCCUUUGCCUCCCUUCCCGAGCGUCUCGGUGGCUCUUCCUCACCGUGAGAGCAUGAGGACGACCGUGUUCAGUUUCCAUUCAGUGGACACGUGUUUACCAAGUGCCUGUUCUGCGUGAGGCACUGUGUGGGGUGGUGCUGUGGGGCUGCUGUUUUGAGCAAGACAGCCCCACAUGCACACAAGUCAGAGUCUGCCUGGCUCCACCUGCCUGGCCUUUUCUUCUAUAUUUUGUAAAGACUCGUUUAUUCCUUCACCCUUCUUCCUGCUGUUUGAGUUCGUCUGUGUAUCCUUCUAUGGGAGUAUAUUUAAGCAUGUCUUCUCUUCUGAUAACAUCUCAUUUGAUCUGGCCUCUGUUGUUCAUCAACUUUUAAUUUUCCUGUGUAUCUACUUUUAAUAGAUCAGGCAAGAUCGUGAACCUCCAGUUUUAGCCCCUCAUACAUGGCCACAAUUCUAGGCAAAAACCAAAGACCCAGAGGCCAGAGCAAAAUAGGACCUUCUGCAGAUUCACUACUGGUAUAUCCUUGGACCUUCACAUUUUACUUUAGGAUUAAUUUAUUGAAUUUUACUGUUACACAUUGUUUUUGACUUGAAUUAAAAUGCUAGACAAAGCAGAAAUGUACAAUUUCUGGUCUGUAUUUUCCAGGAAUAUCAUUGGGAAAAGGAUAGAGUGAGUUAUAUGACUUGAAGUUUUUGCAGCUUAUUUUUCCCCCAGUAUCAGGGCAGAGCCCCAUUUUAUUUCAUUUUUAAUUUAAUUUUUUGCCACACCUGGUGGCUUGUGGGAUCUUAGUUCCCCAACCAGGGAUCAAACCCACGCCCUCAGCAGUGAAAGCGCAGUGUCCUAACCACUGGACUGCCAGGGAAUUCCCCAGAGCCCCAUUUUAAAGACCAUUUUUGCAUUACCUGUUCUUAGGUUAGCAGUGUGUUUUGUUCACUUCCAUAGAGCAGGUGAUUUCCCAGGACAUGCUUUCUUUAGUCCCUCGCAGUCACCCUUUAAUGAGAAUUCUUUUGGUCUGUUGUAUGCACUGUGGGCUGGGAACAGAGAGUGGAGUUUUAACCAAGCUCUUCUAUGGCUUUUUGCGUUUGCAUUGUGUUAAAGUUUGCCCUUACCUGUCCCUUUUCCACCACCCUGACUGCCUGGCUUAGUGCACCAGAACAAAAAUUAAGAUGCAGAAAGCAGGGAGGGGAAGGGAUGGUGGAAAUAGUCAGCUUUUCUCCCUACUGGUUUGAGACUUUUCCACCUUCUAUCUACAGAGAGACUGUGUUUCAACUCUUCUUUCAUUGCCAGGUCCAGGAGAGUAGGGAUGUGGUUUCUGGCAAGCUAUUAAUGAUAAAAUUCUGUGGUAAAUAUUCUGACAUUUAAAAUUUCUUUAAAGGGGAUCUUUUCUAACCAGUUUUGCAUUUGGUAACAUAAACACUUUAUACUUCACAGUCUCUUCAAAGUAAUAUCUCUGCUAAAAUGAUACACUUUGGUCACAGAUUGGUUUUGGCAGGAACAUGGCUAAGUGGCCCCCUUCCCUCAAUUUGAAACCACAGAAUGGUAACUUAGCUAUUGCAUAUUGCCCUGCGUGAUGUAAUUGCUGCUUGCUUCAUUUUGAUGGAAGGGGCCAAACUGAAUGGACUCCAUUAUUCAUAGCAACUGAUCAUCCCGUAAACUCUGCUUUCAUUUUACCAGUUGUGAAUAUGAACCAUCUAAUUUGCUAAUUUAGUCAAUUGUUCGUUGUUACUUUUAGCAAAUUAGCACCAUAGGUAAUUUAAAAACAAAUUUGUUGCCUGCUUUUUACAUAUACUGUGUCACAAGGUUCUUGAAAAAGCUGGGGGCACAAUUUUGUCUUUGAGUUUAAAGUUGUUUUUUUUUAAAUGCAAAGAGCUCCCCCCAAUCCCUGUUUUCAGUAUGUGUAUGAUGCGACUUCCAUGUAUAUAUAGAAAUGACUGCACCCUAACCAGACUCCUCAGAUUGUGCACUGUUUGUUUAAAAUAAUCAUGUAUUUUAGUCCAAUGCUGUUGUAUUUUUCAUUUUAUUUAAAACACUACGUACUUCUUAUUCUUUUAACAAGUUUUAAAGGAUAGUGAUCUUAAAAAAAAAAUCACUGGAUAACUAGGAAAUAACUUUUUGUUGCUGUUUUGUUUUUUAAAGAGUACAAAGGUCUUUAGAGCCUUUUGCUCCUCUUACCGUGAAAAUGAAAUGUUAGCCAUUGUAUGGCUAGGAACCAAUGCACUUGGUGGUUAACGGAUCUGCUGUUGCUGGAGCGUGGACUUGACGCAGUGACGACAAAUCAUUGCUUGGAAUUAAUGUUUUAAAAUGUGCAACUCUAGUUUUUAAAAUAGAAUUUGGUUCUUCUUUACGUUCAUUAUUUAGUUUUUGUUUUCAUUUAGUAUUUAAUGGUCUUUGGAGAAAAAAAAAUAAAACAGAGUGUUAUAUAUAUAUUUUUUGGUG